UCCACCACAGGCAGAUGAGUACCCGGCGACCAGACAGCUAACGUAGCCUCCCAGUUUCGGAACCAAUUGAUAGCCCAAUUCCGGCAACCAGGAUCUAUCGACAACCGGCCCCCCCUUCCCCCUUCCGAACUCGACUCUCAUCACGAUGCUGUCCAAUCCGCCCCACGGCGGUCUUCAGGCCCGGAAUCGACAACACCGGAGACAAAAUUCGACGCCGACCGGCUUCGAAGCGAUGAAGAUCGCGGCAAACCUGCCCCCCUUGCAUCAGCACGCCCAGCAAAGAUCGCGCAUAUCCCAUCGCCGGGGUAUGAGCCUGGAUACUCGACGACACCAACACCAGCGGCAACAACAUAUACAACAGCAGAUGCAAUCCCCGACGACACAGCUACGGCAGGAGUUCCCAACGGUAAGUAACGCUACUAACAAUACAGGAUCAAUCACACCACAGCAUGUGCUGCGAGAAGCGCAGCAGCAACGCAUAGCUCGCCCGGGCCCCCAGCAAGCGUACACGAACUUGGCAAGCGACGAGAACUAUCUUCUGUCCCCGCACGGGACGCCGCGGAGCCAAAGCUUCGAGGAACAGUGCUUCGGUAGUAUUCCGAACCACCCAGACAUGCAAAUCAAUUUUGACCUGUACAAUGGUCCCGUGAAUGUAAACAUGAAGAAGAACCAGGAGAGCUUCUCCAUCAACAUAACCACGUCUCAGGACUUCGAGCCGUUCCCAUCUAGUGCUUUAUCCACGCCAACCUUCGUGGGCUUUCACGAGAGUCCGUCCGGUAGUGCUGGCUGGAUCUCCGAGGGGGAGACGGCCAGCACUAGAGGACAGUCACGUCGGAUUAGCAACGGUAUCAUGGAUCGGGUUGCCAAAUUUGAGAAUAUCGGAACCGAGGUUCCCCGGAGACCAUUAACGCCCCGCCAGAAUGUUACAGAUUAUUUUCCUCUGACGCCCAGAGAUACACCGCACGAUCGAACCAUCAAGCACGGCCAGCAGCCGCAGAGUUUCGCAGACGGUUACGAUGAGUCCGCCGUAGAGACCAUCAAACCGACGAGACAGCCCAACCGACAAUCGCAGACCACCUUUGACGAGAUGCGUAAGGCUGCCGAGGCUCAGAUUUCGAUGCCAUUGUCGGAUCGAGGAGGCGCGAUGCCGCUACUAGAGACAUUCAAUCCCCCUUCCUCGGACCCGAUGUCGGACUUUCUGAACAUGAGCUCCAUCGGGAACAGCGGCCUCAGGAUCGACACUACCUUUGACGGGCUCACCGCAUCUUCGCAUCAACUCAGCGCCAGCUCAGACCUGUCCGCGCAGACGUCUCCCAUCACGCCGCACAUUGGCGAAUUCGAUAGUUCCUGGGACUAUAAGCCGGAUCUGCGAGUUCUUGACGCGGGAUCCGACGGGCUUCUUAGCAAAGGGUCCCCCUUGACCGAGGCGCUUUCCCGCCGAGGCACCCCCCAGCAUCGCCGAAAUGAAUCCGUCGCCAGCAUAGCUAGCGCGGCGAGCAUCGCGAGCAUCGACAUCGAGAAGACCAAAACAUCCACGGGGAUCACUCUCGAAGACAUCCACCAAUACAUCCAAGGGCCCGAUCCUCGGGACAACAAAUGGACAUGCGUCUUUGAAGACUGCAACAAGAAGUUCGGCCGCAAGGAGAACAUCAAGUCCCAUGUGCAGACCCAUCUCAACGACCGCCAGUACAAGUGCCCGACGUGUCAUAAGUGUUUCGUCCGACAACAUGAUCUGAAGCGCCACGCAAAGAUCCAUACCGGGAUCAAGCCGUAUCCCUGCGAGUGCGGCAACAGCUUCGCACGCCACGACGCCCUCACGAGACACAAGCAACGCGGAAUGUGCAUCGGCGCUUUCGAUGGCGUGGUGAGGAAGGUGGUGAAGCGGGGCCGUCCCCGAAAGCACCGACCGGACAUGGACGAACGCAAGGAGAAGUCGACGCGGACUCGCAAGAAGAACCAGUCGAUAUCGUCAAUUUCCUCCCAGUCGGGCUACUCUGACAGCUCGGCAGUCAAUUCCCCCGAGAAUGUCGAGCCAGACUUCGCGCUGGACGAUAUUAUGGACGUAUCGCUGGGCGGGACAACGAUGAAUCCAAGCUCCCUUCAGGGCCUAGGCUCCUCUUCGGCGCCGAUGCCAUGUCUCUCCACCGACGCACCGUUGAGUACACACUCGCCGUCGGCCACGAGCGUACACUCUUACGUCUCGCAAUUGUCGCACAUGUCACUCCACCAAGAAAUUGCCGGUGAAGCGAGCUCGUCACGGCCGGGGUCCCCAGCCAAGAGCGUAGCGAGCCAAUUUAACGAGCUCCCGGAGCUGUCGAGGUCGUCGUCGCCGCCGUCGUGCGGCCGUUACUUUGACGCGGAGCCGAACUCGAGCGGCCUCGAGGCCGCGAUAAGCAGCGCCACAGAGACGUCGAGCAUCCCAAGCUUCUCGGCGAUGGGCGAGAACGACGACGACAUCCUGCUUCAGUUCACCAGCAGCGACCCCGGCAUGCUGAUGCUCAGCUCGGACGCAAAAUUCGACGAGGCAUUUGAUAGCGUGGACAUGUUCACCAGCAACGACGAUCUGUUUUUCGGUAGCGGCUAGGCCACUCGGGAAGUGGUGCGGCCGCAUUGCGCACGUCUUUGUCCUGCCACGGGAUGCCUCGCUUCUAUGGCCAUUUUCUUUUCUUUUUUUUCUUUCGGGUUCUCAACUUGACUAGAGGGAAGCAGGAUAUUUGCCGUCUUGGGGAAAACUUAAUGAAGCUCGUAUUGGGGUAUAAUUCUAUACUUGACCCUGGUGCUCAAUAUGGACAUGCUCGCGACUUGGGACGAAGGAAAAUUAUUGUGUGUAUGAUAGGAUAACGGAUUGCCAUGAAGGGGUCGGGGCGGAGGGGGUUUCCAACUGGGUCACCUGGGCCGGUCAGUUUCGGCGUUUUAGCGCCGACGUGUCGUGGCCGUCUUUUCUGACGUCGCUUUGUUGCCGGUUGUCGGUCGUCAGUACAGGGCAGGCCCGCAGUGCCUCUCGUUUUAUCUCUCUCAUACCCCAUAAGGGAUCAGAAUACCAAUCUACCAUCGUUGAUGCGAUCGCCUCCCAGUCGCCUAUUCCUCCCGUAGUCUUUUUUCCACGAUGCCUGUGCCUCUUUGCCUGCACCGAGCGCUUCUUGAAAGCGAGGUACCCGAAGUAAGCUGCAGCUGGGAGCCAGUCGGGCGCAGGUGCCCACCUGGCAACCUUACUUAGGUACCGUUAUCGACCGCCACCGCCACUCCAUC